AUGGAUUCUCUGAAGGCAAAAGACUUGACGCAAACAGGUUACACUGUUGAUGGGUUUAUACAAGUCCUCCAGGUGUGGGUGUACUAUGCUAUGCCAGAAUUGGAUGCUAAUUAUGGGCUUCCGUACCAUACAAACCGUCUCCACUGUUGCUGUCUUACAAGGGUGGCCAAGGACGACGCAGAUAUUAACGUGAACAACUUUGUUCAGAAGGACCUUGAUGAAAUGUUUCCAGAAUGGGACGGGGACGUAGAGGACCCAGCCGCGGAUAACAUAAUUAAAGUCAUGUUUAAUGAUCCUGGAUGGAAGUGGACCAUGGACUGCUGGCAAGUCACCGGUACUCACAAGGUUGUGAAGAUAGAAGUGAGUCCAGUGAAGACGGAAGUGAGUCCAGUGAAGUCAGAGAGUGUUGUGAAGGAAGAAAGUAGCAGACCUAGGAAGAAAGCUCGUAAAGGGUCUUCUGUUUCUGCUGAGGCACCUGCAGCGGGUAGUGAUGGUUUUGGGAUGACGAAAGAGCAGAUUGAAAGGGCCUUCAAAGACAUAUCUGAUGUCAUGAGUGAUGGCUUUGGGACGUGCCUUAGGGAGAUCAAGUUGUUUGGGGAUAGGAUGGGAGCUGUGGAGAAGAAGAGUGAAAGUGUGAAUGGGGCGAAAGCAGGACAGAAAGAAGCCAAAGAACCGAGUGUUACUACAGAACCGAGUUCCUCGACAGAGCUCUGUCUUGUGAAACAUGCAGACGACUUACCAAGUGAUGAACCUAGCGUUCUUAUAUUGGACAAACAAGUACCCACUGCUUCAGAUUUACUCUUGGAGGAAGCUAGAAGGCAGACAAAGAAGGAGACUGCUAUGGUGAAUCUCCGUGAAAAAGGAAACAACACUGCCAAAAAGAUCAUUCCAAACAAAAAGGUUGGCCAAGGCUAUGAUCCUUUUGCACCCUAUGACAAGAGGAAGUCGAAGGAGCUCACUGAAUGGCUGGAAGAAGAUCCGAAGAAGACUCCCUGGUGGGCGUUGAAUUAUCAUGCAGGCGAGAUACCUUCUUUUUGCCAAUCUAAGAAGGUUUGGGGGGUGGAUGUGGAUGAUAUAUAUGCACCUGUGAACUUCAAGAACCAGCAUUGGUUUGCUAUAUGGAUAUCGAUCCUUAAGAGGCACAUAGUCAUCUGGGACAGCAUUAUCAAACAUAUUAGCCCUGAAGAACUCGAUGAGUUAAUGGAGCCUUUUGUCACAAUGGUCCCUUAUCUGCUUGUUGAGUGUGCUGUCUCUGACGAACAAAAGGUUCAAUACACAUUGGAGCCAUACACAUAUGAGAGACAAACCGUUGGAGUACCUCAGUGCCGAGCUGGUGAUUGUGGCCCCUUCACUCUGAAGUACAUUGAAUGUCAUGCUCUUGGGAUGGAAUUUCCCAAAGCGUUAUGUCCUAGAAACGGGAAGACUAUCAGGGAGAAGAUGGCGGUGGAUAUAUUUCAAGAGCUUCCUAUGUGCCAUGAAUGGGAAAACCAAGUCAAUGAUGAGAACCUGGGAACGUAUGAGUAG